AUGGAGUAUGUACAAUUAGGAGAAAAGUUAGGUUUGCAAGGAACUGAGUUACAAGAGUUUGUUGACAGAAAAGAGAGAGAAUAUUUUGAAAGGAUGGAAAGGGCAGCAGAGAGAGAAGCGAGAAAGAUUGAGAGCGAAAUUGAAUUAGAAAAACUUAAGAAAGAAACUGAAUUACAAAAAUUAAAAGCUGGAGAAUUAGCUGUAGGUCCAUUAGGUCUUGCUUCUCAAUCGCUUGCUAAGUUGCCAAAGUUACCUCCGUUUGAUGAAUCUAAAGAUUGUAUUGAUUCAUAUUUACAGAGAUUCGAAAGGUUUGCUUCGUGUGCUAAGUGGGAACAGUCUUCAUGGGCGAUUAAUCUUAGUGCUCUCCUGAAAGGUAAAGCUCUUGAGGUGUAUUCUAGACUUCCAGUUUCAGAGGCUCUGAAUUAUGGUUCCUUGAAACAGGCGUUGUUAAGGCGUUUUCAACUGACAGAAAAAGGGUUUCGAGUCAAGUUCCGUUCCAGCAGACCAGAACAGGGUGAGAAUCCUUCACAAUUCUUUGCUAGGCUGAACAAUUAUGUAGAGAAAUGGUUGUCUUUAGCAGAUAGUCCUAAAACAUAUGACGGUCUUAAAGAUUUGUGUUUAAGAGAACAGUUUUUAAACAGUUGUAGUAAGCAGUUGGGAAUGUAUCUUAAAGAAAGACAUCCGAAAAACGUAGAAGAAAUGUCAAAUCUCGCAGACCAAUUUAUUGAAGCCCAUGGUUAUACUUCAUUCACUAAAGACUUACAAGUUUUUCAGAGGCAACCUCCAAGUAUUUCCAGUGUUCAGGGUAACAGCAGUGGAUCCUUUCAAAAGCAACAGGCGUACCAAGGAUCACCACAGCAAAAUGGUGAGAGAAAAUGUUACAUCUGUGGGAAAAGUGGUCAUUUGGCAAGAAACUGUUUCUCCAAGCAGAAAAUUCCUCGUGCAGUACCUACUUCGCACAAUACUCAAAAGGCUGCGAUGUUACAGAAUCAACAUAACUGUGAGUUGAAUUGCAUAAAAUCUAAUGACAAUUCUAGUUCCAGCUUACAGAAUUCUGCUGAAGUCAAGACGGACAAUGCUAUAUCGCAUCAAAAUCAGCCUCACAUAGGAUCAGCAUGCAUUCUCAAACAUAAACUGUUGCAGUGUUGUGUCACAGAUGGACUUGUAAAACUCGCGUGUGGACACAUAUUACCUGUUAUUGGAGGCGUCUGCAAGGUUUGUGAAAAGAUGCCCGUUGCUAUGGGUUAUGUCGGUAACAUCGAUUGUGCCAAAAAUCAGACGGAUCCUGAUCCACAGUGGUGUAGAAAGGACGAAAGAGAAGAGUGUAGUCAAGUUCUUCAAGCAGUACAGACAAGGAAUCAAAAGAAAAAAGAAGAGAAAGGUAUGAAAAAGCUAAGAGUUACAGAUUUAGUGGAUACUGAUAUGACAAUUGAUCAGAUGAAACAACUGCAGAUGGAUGAUUCUUCCUUGAAAGUGUAUCGUGAGCAUGCAGCGACUGGCAGAAAGAAGAACAUUGGCGAAAAUAUAGAGACAUGGUUUAGUGUUGAAAGAGGACUGUUGUACAGACAUCAUUAUUCAAAAAAGGUUAGUGAUGAUGAACUGUAUAAACAACUUGUUGUUCCAGAAUCUUUGCGACAGAAAGUUAUGAAGAUUGCGCACGACAGUAUCCUAGGUGGACAUCUUGGUACAAAGAAGACUCUAGACCGCAUCAUGUCGAAUUUCUAUUGGCCUGGAAUCCAGGGUGACGUGACGAGAUAUUGCCAAUCAUGUGACAUAUGCCAAAGAACAUUUCCUAAAGGCAAAGUGACGAAGGUUCCGUUGGAGAAAAUGCCACUUAUUGAUACACCAUUUGAACGGGUAGCCGUAGAUUUGGUAGGUCCGCUUUCUCCAAUUACUGACAAAGGCAAUAGAUAUAUUUUGACUGUUGUAGAUUACAGUACUAGGUAUCCAGAGGCGGUUGCAUUGAAGAACAUCGAUACAGAGACGGUGGCAGAAGCGUUGGUAGAGAUAUUCAGCAGAGUUGGCAUUCCAAAAGAAGUUCUGUCGGACAUGGGUACGCAAUUUACCUCCAACAUCAUGAAAGAGGUGGGUCGACUUUUAUCAUUUAAGCAAUUAGUAACAACUCCAUACCAUCCAGCAUGUAAUGGACUAGUAGAAAAGUUCAAUGGUACUUUGAAGUCAAUGUUAAGGAAAAUGAGUUCUGAAAGACCAAAAGACUGGGAUAGAUAUUUACCAGCAUUGUUAUUUGCUUAUCGAGAAGUUCCACAAGAAAGCACUAAAUUUUCUCCAUUUGAUCUAGUUUAUGCACGUAAUGUUAGGGGACCUAUGGCAGUUUUGAAAGAACUGUGGACAAAGGAGGAGAAGGACCCGGAAGUGAAAACUACUUACCAGUAUGUGCUUGACCUUAAGGAGCGACUAGCAAGAACGUGUGAGCUGGCUCAGAAAGAACUUCAGAAGUCUAAAGACCAUUACAAGAAACAGUAUGAUAAAAGGACAAAGCCGAGAUCUUUCAAGGUUGGUGAUUUCGUUCUUCUUUUGCUUCCAACAGACCAUAACAAACUUUUAAUGCAGUGGAAAGGACCUUUCAAAGUAGUUGAUAGAAAAGGACAAACUGAUUACCAGAUAGAUAUGAAUGGACAUAUUCGUUUGUUUCAUGCAAAUUUAUUGAAGAAAUACAAUGUUCGAGAGGAAAGGAAUACAGACUCGCCAACAACUUUAGCCUCUUGUGUCGUUUUGGAAUCGGAGGAAACAGAGGACUCCAGUAAUGAACAUUUGUUACAUCUUCUUCCAAUGAAGGCAACAGAAUCAUUCACAGAUGUUAAGGUAAAUCAUUCACUGUCAUCAGAUCAGCUUGAAUCCAUUAAUGAUGUCUUACAUGAAUUUCAGGAAGUUUUAACAGAUCUACCUGGUAGAACGAAUGUUAUCCAGCAUGAAGUUCAUCUCACUACCAAAGAACCAAUCAGAAACAGACCAUAUCAGAUACCGUAUGCAGUCAGAAGUGCAGUCCGAGAAGAAAUACAGCAUAUGAUUGACAUGGAUAUCAUCGAACCAUCAGAAUCACCGUAUGCUAGUUCGAUUGUCGUGGCAAAGAAGUCCUAUGGUAGCCAGAGAAUAUGUGUGGAUUUUCGUAACUUGAAUAAGGCUAAUGAGGAGAAUUCCAUAGAGCAUACUGAUAUUUUUAACACCAGAGAAACUUUUGAAGAACAUAUUACAGAACUGAGAAAAGUUGUAAGUGGAUCCAUGUUAUUGGAGGAGGCAACCAACAAGAAGUUCCCAGCACGAAUGAGGUCAACCCAGCGUGCUACUUUUCCCGUCAGGGAGGGCACAACUUAUGUUGAUUUUGGGAUAUUAGAGAUUUCGUUGAAGGAGACUAACGAUGCUGAUCUGAAUUGCCUGCUAUUUCCGUAUUCUGGGACCUUUGGAAUUUCCGUAUUCUGGGACCUUAGGAAUGAUCUGGCCGAAUACCAUGCAUGA